AUGUCGACAGCGACGCAGAUUGGCCGUGAUCUCUUACUCUCGUCCUCUGAAAAAUCUCUUCGUGCGGCGAAAAUAAGGAUCCGGUUCGCGGAUAUCAUCGUCAAAGCAAAGUGCAGUAAACUCAUCGAGCAGAGCGGCGGCAACAGAGCCGACGCUAUGAUGAAGAUAAAGAAAGAGAAGCUUCUCUUAGUGAAAAAGCAGCGUGAGGAGAAAUCUAGAAUCGAAGCUAGGGCUUUGAAGUUGAAACUUCGACGAGAGACAAGGCUUGCCGUGGCGAAGACGGAAGAGGAAGCUAGAAACAACGUCGCGUUCGAAGAUGGGUGGUUACCGGAGAGGGAAAUCAUGAGUUUCUGCGGUGGCGCUCGUAUGUUGAGGAGUCGGUUUUGGUUUAGAGAGAUUGGUCUGGUUUUGAGACCCGACGGUGAUUAUGAUGAUAAGUCUCUGGAAGCUCGCGAUGAUAUUGAGGAAGGUGAGAUUGUUUAA